GCUAUGUUUGUGUGUGAAAGACACAUGAGCAUGUGUUUGGCCAAGCCCUGCCUCCUGUCCCAUUCACUGGCCCAUAAAAGAGAUUCUUGGCUCUUGGACCAAAGACUUUCCCAUGUGUAAGAGUGUAAGUAUAGAAUGAGCACUGACCGGAUGCCACUCAUUCCUGCAUGAUUACAGCAGCCACCAUGGGACCAGGCAGAAAGGAUUCAUGUAAUCACUAAUGCUUAAGGUUGGAGCUAACUCACACUCACUGCUUCCUUUGCACAACUGCACCACUAACUUCCACUUAUACAAGCACACCACUAAUCCACAUUCACUGCUUCCCUUGCACAAGUGCACCUCUAAAUUCACAAUCACCGAUUCACUCGCACCGUUGUUGUCUGUCCUCGCCAUUGUGAAAGACCCAGGAUAUGGAGGAAGAAAGAACCCCCAGAAUAUGCAAUCCACCAAUUAGCCCCAGUGGGGAUAAUAAGGAAAAUCAAAUAAAAGAAACGAAUGGGGAUUCGCGAGAUCCAACCAGUGAAGCUGGAAAUCGGAGAAAGGAACUUCUGUCCAAGAUAAAAAUUGUGACAAUGUCAGACCUGAAGAGAGAGUGGCAGAUUCGGUCUGAGAUGCAUGUGAAGAAGCAGAGACUCAACCCAUUUAGUGAAGAAUUUGACCACACUCAUGCCAUGUCGGUGCGGCUCCAGAAGGGGGACCAUGGAUACGGGAGACCAGAGGAAGGGAGCCGGACAGAAGAGAGGGGCAAGAGGGCAUUACGGCACAUACACAAGGAAGUGGAAGAGAUGGUUCUGGUUAUACGGGAGAUGGGGGUGAGGGGAAGGGAUGGGAGGGUGCGGGUGACAUUUGGAAGACUGUUCCAGAGGUACGAGCGUAUCUCUGAUAAAGUUGUAGGGAUUCUGCUAAGGGCCAGAAAGCACAAAAAGUUGGAAUUUGAAGGAGAGAUGCUGUGGCAGGGUGUACAUGAUAAUGUCAUUAUCACCCUGUUGGAUUAGGGGCAGAGAUGAGGGGAAGAUUUGAAGCUUAGUGCUUAAAACAUUGAAUCAAUUGGGGAAGAACUGGAGGACAACUCCACUCCACCCUUACAUGCCUGGGCUGUAUUUGGAAUUGUGCAAUGCUGAGCCCAUCCCCAGAAUGUGUAUCUCAAAUUCUUCUUCUAUUAGAUUGUAAGCUCUUUGGGGUUACUGGAUUCAUUAUAUGUAAAUUUGUUUUACAGAGCUGCAGAAUAUGUUGGCGCUUUAUAAAUAAGUAUUAAUCAUGUGCUUGGGAACUUUCAGAAUUAUAAGUAUGUCAAAUACAGACAGGAUCAUUGGAAAAGAUAUUUUCUAUGCACACAUGACAUCAAGUUUGUACAUCUGUUCUGUUGACAGAAGGAGCCUCUCAGAGCCUAAGAUGCCCGAGCAUGAAUAGCUAUGGGUACAAUAUGACAUAUUUAGAAUGUUUUGGGGUCUCACAGGGGGUAAUAAAAUAUUCAUUUUCAUAAUUAA